GUGUUGAUGUAUUAUGCCCCCUCACCAGGUUGUUAUGAUUGCUGUAUCCGCUGCCUGGGGGCAGUACCCUACCCCUCCCUGGUGGCCACUCUGCUCUGCUUCACUGGCAUGGCACUGUUCUGUGGCUGCGGGCACGAGGCACUGGCCAACACUGAGGUGCUCGUCGAGACUUACUUCUCUCGUAACAUACAAGACUAUGUUAUCCUGGCCUCGUUGUGAGUGAUUCAGAUCAUUUUGACUUUUCUGUGUUUAAGUGCAAUAACCUAAUGUAAUUGUUUGUAUUAUUAGAUAGGUUGUGCAAAUCAAGCAACCAAAAUGUAAAGGCUCUUGCAGCAGUAGUAGUAGUUGUAGUAGUAACUAUUCCUUUAGAUAGGUAGAGAGAAGACACCUCUCAACAGCACCUUUUGUCACCAUGGAAUUUCUGACCUUUCCUUAUUAUGACCUGUCCUUGUCUCCCAGUAUCAAGUACUUCCAGUACGUGAUCUAUGGCCUGGCCUCUUUCUUCUUCCUCUACUGCAUCCUGCUGCUGGCUGAGGGAUUCUACACCACCAGUGCCAUCAAGCAGACCUUCGGAGAGUUCCGGAGCACCAGAUGUGGCCGCUGCCUUAGUCUGACGGUGAGGAGGGAGGAAGGGGAGGAGGAGGGGAGAGAGGGAGUUGAGGAGGAGGGGAGAGAGAGAGUUGAGGAGGAGAGGGGGGGGCGGUUUCGAUGCUCGAGCCUUGGAGGUGGUUGAGGGAGGAAGGUUGGAGAGAGAGUUGAGGAGUUGAGGGGAGAGAGAGUUGAUGCGGAGGGGGCGAGGAGUUGAGGAGGAGGGGAUAGGUUGAGGAGGAGGGGAGAAGUUGAGGAGGAGGGGCGGAGGUUUGAGAAGAGGGGAGAUGAGAGAGUUGAGGGGAGGGGAGAGAGUGAGGAGAGGAGGAGGAGAGGAGGAGAGGAGGGGAGAGGAGAGUUGAGGAGGAGGUGAGAGGGGGUUGAGGAGGAGGGGAGAGAGAGUGAGAGGAGGAGAGAGAGUUGAGGAGGAGGGAGGAGGAGGAGGAGGAGGGAGAGAGAGUGAGGAGGAGGAGGGGAGGAGAGAGUUGAGGAGGAGGAGGAGAGAGAGAGUUGAGGAGGAGGGGAGAGAGAGGUUGAGGAGGAGGGGGAAGGAGUUGAGGAGGAGGAGGAGGAGAGGAGAGUUGAGGAGGAGGGGAGAGAGAGUUGAGGAGGAGGAGAGAGAGAGAGUUGAGGAGGAGGGGAUAGAGAGUUGAGGAGGAGGGGAUAGAGAGUUGAGGAGGAGGAGGAGAGAGAUAGUUGAGGAGGAGGAGAGAGAGAGAGUUGAGGAGGAGGGGAGAGAGAGUUGAGGAGGAGGGGAGGAGAGAGUUGAGGAGGAGGGGAGAGAGAGAGAAUGACUACCUCAUUCUUAGGUUGCUAAAAUAAUAUCGACACUAUAGCCUACUGACUGUACUCUAGUUUGUAAUCCACACACUGGUUGAGAAACAAUCCAUUAACAAUUUAUAGAUCGUUAAUUAUCCAUUAGUUAAUUAUCCAUGAAUCCCUGAUGUAUUGCUUCAAGGAUAUUAGGCUCAUGUUAGAGUAUUUACCCUCUAUAGUGGUGUAUGGCUGCAGUAAUGAAGCCUUAUGGGACAUGUUGUGUCACAUCCUGGAGUUUGACCAAUAACUUCCUGUGACCUCCUGCUCUACUUCCUGCUCCACAGUUCAUCAUAGUGACAUACAUCCUGGCGGUGAUCUGGCUGGCGGUGUUUGCCUUCACAGCCAUACCCGUCUUCUUCUUCUUUAAUAUGGCACAGACCUGCCACACCAUCAACAUCCUGGCUGAGACGACACCCAGCAUCAACCAGCACGGCUGGAUCUGCAUGGAUGCUCGGCAGUAUGGUACGUUUAGCUUAUGAUGGAGCUAGCCGGGCCACAUUAUGUUCGUCUUUUUUAUAAUUUUUUUUUACAUUUAAAAUGUACAGUAUUUCAUUUCACAUUAAUGAGACAAGCUUCUUAUUAGGACUGCUGCCUUGGAAUGCAAUGCCAGGGAAAGCUUGUGGAAUGACCUUGGCAUCCAUUUGCAAAACAAAAGAGGUGAGUUGCUGUUCGCUCUGUCUUAAAAAUACUUUGAAAGAAUUAGUGUGUUUCUGGGUUAUGUAACCUUCCAUAAACCCACAAAACCCACAGCUACAUUUUCAUUCUGAAUAGCAAAUCAAUGUACAAUGCAUGCACUAUUUAAGGCCCCUUUUUAUGUAGUCUACUAGGAAUAUUUGCUCAUAUUGUUUUGUCUCUGCAGUUCUUCGUCACCUAUGACCUGUACAUCGCUGCCUUUGCUGGUGCAGGGAUCGCUCUCUUGGCUCUGGUGAGUAAGAAUGUCCACCCAGACUGAUGAGUCUAUGGGGUUUGUCACCCUCUUGGUUUAGGUUCAGAGUGUGACUUGAUUUUGCAGCUCCAUCUGGGUUAGUUUUAGGCAAGACCAGCUAGGUCGUAAUAGAAAAGCUCACCAAUCCCUAGAGAACUGACCUGUAUUCUAUAGGCCUACUGUAGGGACACCUAAGUGAGUGAUAAAUGUGUGCACAAAAAAAUUGAUCAUCUUGUGAUGCUCUAUAGGCUAUUGAAUAAUGUAUAUGUUGUUUGAAUGCAGCUGCAAAAAAAAUGUUUUAUCUAUUUUCUCUUUUGUCCCUCUCUCCUUCUCUCUCUCCCCAUCUUUCUCUCUCUUUAGUUUCUGUAUGUGGUAGCUACCACCUAUAACUAUGCAGUGCUGCGGUUCCUGGGCAGGAAAGGGCUGCGCUGUUAA